AUGCAGGAGGCUUGGAUAAUUGCCGCGUGUUUUUUUGAUGCCACGCCCAAACCUGACAGAUGGGAGUUUCUUAAAGUGUCUGACCAAGCGUUUGUCACGCUGGCUACCAAUGACGUCUACUGCCAGGGGGCCCUGGUGCUGGGGCAAUCAUUGCGGGACCACAGGGCCACCAGGAGGCUGGUGGUGCUGGUCACCCCUCAGGUGUCCAACCUGCUCAGGGUGAUCCUCUCGAGGGUGUUUGAUGAGGUCAUCGAGGUGAACCUGAUAGACAGUGUAGACUACAUCCACCUGGCCUUUCUGAAGAGACCUGAGCUCGGAGUCACCCUCACCAAACUUCACUGUUGGACGCUCACCCAUUAUAGCAAGUGCGUCUUCCUGGAUGCAGAUACCCUGGUGCUGUCCAAUAUCGAUGAGCUGUUCAGUAGGAGAGAGCUUUCUGCGGCCCCGGAUCCCGGGUGGCCGGAUUGCUUCAAUAGCGGGGUAUUCGUCUUCCAACCUUCCCUGGAGACGCAUGGCCUCUUGCUGCAGCAUGCCACCGACCACGGCAGCUUUGACGGGGCAGACCAAGGCUUGUUGAACAGUUUCUUCAGUAGCUGGUCCACAGCAGACAUCCAGAAACACUUGCCAUUCAUUUAUAACUUGAGUAGCAACACGGCCUACACCUACAGCCCUGCUUUCAAACAAUUCGGCUCGAGUGCGAAGGUGGUCCACUUUUUGGGGUCCACGAAGCCUUGGAACUACAAGUACAGUCCCCAGACGGGCUCCGUUUUGGAGGAGGGCUCUGGGUCUGUCAACCAGCAUCAGACGUCCUUCCUUAACGUCUGGUGGGGGAUUUACCACCGCAGCAUUCUGCCUCUUUAUGAAAAUAUCCAGCACGAGGACGAACAGACAUCUCUGGGACACACAGCUCACCUCGGGGGCGCUGGGGUGCCUUGUUCAAGUUCAGCGCCCACUGCUGAGGGGUCGUGUGCAAAUGCUGUGCCCCGCUCCGGGGAGCCCUGUACCAAUUGGGCGGAGGGGCCCCACCAGCCUUGGCCUGAGAGCACCAUGGUGGUGGUGGCUGAGGCCCCCGCGUCGCCUGACGCGUGCCCUGCGGAAGAUAUGAUAGGUUGGCCGGAAAUGGAGACUUCCGCUGGAGUGAUGCGUGACCCGUUGUCACCACCCUCCGCCCAAUUCGCAGAAUUCACAGGGACCCAAACCAGCUCGCAGCCCGUGGAGAGCGCGGAAGGUGGCCCACCUGAGGAAGCCUUGGAGCCACGCCGGGAGCCCCCUGUGGAUGUCACCAGGGACCCCAGUCUCCAGGAUGCUUUGGAGGUGGACCUGGCCAUCUCCGUCUCCGAGAUUUCCAUCGAAGAAAAGGCACUGAGUCCUGAUGAGGAACGGAGGAAGUGGGAGGAGGGAUGCAUCGAUUACCUGGGGAAGGAUGCAUUUGUCCGGAUUCAGGAGAAGCUGGACCGCUUCCUGCAAUGA